GUGUCAGCGCUGCGCGGAAGGGAAGAUGGCGUCCGAGGCGCACUCCGAGUCUCCCAAGGCGGGCGAGCUGCCGUUGCCAGGAUACACGGCCUGGUCCCCCAACGAGCUGCAGGCCAAGCUGGCCGAAAUCGGGGCUCCCACGCAGGGUGGCCGCGAAGAACUGGUGGAACGGUUGCAAACAUACACACUUCAGACCGGAAUUGUGCUCAACAGGCCAGUUCUGCGCGGAGAUGAUGGCGACAAGCAAGCCCCUCCUCCCAUGCCGGGGCAGCUCCCUGGGAUCCCUUUGCCACCGCCUCCCAUGGGGAUGCCGCCCAUGCAGCCCCCGCCCCCACCCCCUCCCCCCGGCAUGGGCCUCGGCUUUCCCAUGGGGGUGGGGCCCCCACCUCCACCACCCGGCCUGGGCCCACCGCUCCGCAUGCAGUCCGUGGAUCCUUCCGCCUUGCCCGAAGAAGAGCGGCUGAAGCUAGCCCAGCAGCAGGCCGCCAUGUUGAUUCAGCAGGAGGAGCGGGUCAAGAAGGCUGUGAUGGAGCAAGAGCGCCAGCAAGAGAUGGCCAAGCUGCCCCCCUCCAUACCCAGGUCCUCUCCAGAGAUCGGGCCGAGGCCCACGGGACUCCCGAGAGGUAACCCUUCUGUGGGCUCCUCUGUUGGCCCCCCAGGCCCAAGGCCCCGCGGCCCACCGCCACCUCCAGGAGAGGACAGUCGAGAGAUUGAGGAGCCUGGCGUGGGCCCCAAAAUUCCGCAAGUUCUAGAGAAGAUCCUGCAGCUCAAAGAGAUCCGCCAGGAAGAGCUCACGACCGUGCCCAGCACCACAGAUGACGACAUGGAGACAGACCUGAGGACGCUGGCCGGCAUCUCCGUUUCUGAUGCCGAGGAGGAUGCUUCGGCUCUCUCUAAGAAAGAGAAAAACCGCAAGCGGCGGAACCGGAAGAAAAAGAAGAAGCAAAACGCAGCUCCGAAAGAGGGGCUGGCGACCCAGGAUGGCAAGGGGCAGGGGGAGGAGCCGGGGAGCGAUGCUGCCGUGGAAAUAGAGUACGUUGCGGAGGAGCCUGAGAUCUAUGACCCCAAUUUCAUUUUCUUCAAGAGGAUCUUUGAGGCAUUCAAGUUGACCGAUGAUGUCAAAAAGGACAAGGAGAAGGAGCCGGAAAAGGCGGACAAGGUGGCCAGUUCAGCGGCCCCCAAGAAGAAGGGCUUCGAGGAGGAGCGGAAGGACAGUGACGACAGCUCGGACGAUGAGCACGAGAAAAAGCCAGAGGCCCCCAAACUCUCCAAGAAGAAGCUGCGGCGAAUGAACCGCUUCACCGUGGCUGAGCUCAAGCAGCUCGUGGCCCGUCCCGACGUCGUGGAGAUGCACGAUGUGACGGCCCAGGACCCCAAGCUGCUGGUGCACCUGAAGGCCACCCGCAACUCGGUCCCCGUCCCCCGGCACUGGUGCUUCAAGCGCAAGUACCUGCAAGGCAAGAGGGGCAUCGAGAAGCCUCCCUUCGAACUGCCGGAGUUCAUCAAGCGCACCGGGAUCCAGGAGAUGCGGGAGGCCUUGCAGGAAAAGGAAGAACAGAAGACGAUGAAAUCCAAAAUGAGGGAGAAGGUCCGCCCCAAGAUGGGCAAAAUUGAUAUCGACUACCAGAAGCUGCACGACGCCUUCUUCAAGUGGCAGACCAAGCCGAAGCUGACCAUCCAUGGGGACUUGUACUACGAGGGUAAGGAGUUUGAGACACGGCUGAAGGAGAAGAAGCCGGGGGAUCUGUCGGAUGAGCUGCGCAUCGCGCUGGGGAUGCCGGUGGGGCCGAAUGCGCACAAAGUGCCUCCUCCGUGGCUGAUCGCCAUGCAGCGCUACGGCCCGCCACCCUCCUAUCCCAACCUCAAGAUCCCGGGCCUGAAUUCCCCCAUCCCGGAGGGUUGCUCAUUCGGGUACCAUGCUGGGGGCUGGGGAAAGCCCCCGGUGGACGAAACAGGGAAGCCGCUUUACGGAGACGUCUUCGGGACCAACGCCGCAGAGUUUCAGACCAAGACAGAGGAGGAGGAGAUCGACCGGACGCCGUGGGGAGAGCUGGAGCCCUCGGACGAGGAAUCCUCCGAGGAGGAGGAGGAUGAGGACAGCGACGAAGAGAAGCCCGAUGAGACGGGCUUCAUCACCCCGGCAGACAGUGGCCUCAUCACCCCGGGGGGCUUCUCUUCCGUUCCUGCUGGCAUGGAAACCCCCGAACUCAUUGAGCUGCGCAAGAAGAAGAUCGAGGAGGCCAUGGAUGGCAGUGAGACGCCCCAGCUCUUCACGGUCCUGCCGGAGAAGAGGACAGCGACUGUCGGCGGCGCCAUGAUGGGCUCGACACACAUCUAUGAGAUGGCGACGGUGAUGAGCCGCAAGGGGCCGGUGCCGGAGCUGCAGGGCGUGGAGGUGGCGCUGGCCCCCGAGGAGCUGGAGCUGGACCCCAUGGCCAUGACGCAGAAGUACGAGGAGCACGUGCGCGAGCAGCAGGCCCAGGUGGAGAAGGAGGACUUCAGCGACAUGGUGGCCGAGCACGCGGCCAAGCAGAAGCAAAAGAAGCGGAAAGCGCAGCCGCAGGACACGAGGGCUGGUGCCAAGAAGUACAAGGAGUUCAAAUUCUAGCCUGCUUCCGAACGGUACAUCCGAUCCAGUUCGUGCUUUUAAACAAAAAAAAUUACCCCCUUCUUUCUCCUGUCCCAGCCUGAAAUCCCCCCUCUGCCAGGAUGCCCUGGCUCCCGUGAUGUCCUCAUUCUGGGCUUGAGAUGUGGAUUAUUUUGUAAAUAAAGUUGGAGUUGUUCUCUGGA